AUGCCACCCCUAUUGACGGUGCAAGAGCAGUUCUCCAAAGUUCUGAAUCGACGUCAUGUUACAAAAGAAGAGGCGGAUAGCAGCUUGAAUGAAUUACGAUGGUUGGUGUUAACCUAUCCAUGUCCUUCUGAGCUUAGGGGAUGGAUUUGGAAAGUGUUUUUGAAACUUGAAGUGUCAGCAUCAUGUUACAUCAGCCUCGUCCAUCGUGGUGCAAGUUCAAGGGAUGCUGAGAUUCGUAACGACACCUCGAGAACCAUGACAACCGAUACCACCUUUAUUGAGCACGUAUCAGAGGAUAUGCUUAUUCGGAUCUUGAAUGCUUUUGUUUGGAUCAGCGAUCAAAAUGGACGUUUAGGAGAUACAUCCGAGGAAUUGCAUCUAAGAACAAGUUUACAUCGUGGCGCCACGGGUGAGCUCGCCUAUGUCCAAGGCAUGAAUGUAUUGGCAGCACCAUUCCUCACAGUACUGCCUGAAAUGGAAGCCUUUUAUGCUUUUUCCAGACUCCUAUGGCAUUGGUGUCCAUUGUACGUAAGAUCCACGCUCAAAGGGGUACAUUGUGGUCUCAAGCUUGUGGAUAUGUGCUUACGCACAUUGGAUCCUGAACUUUAUGGAUACUUGUUAGGAAAAGGGUUAUCAGCAAGCAUGUACGCUUUCCCAUCUGUAUUGACAUUCUCGGCAUGUACACCACCUCUAUCUGAGCUAUUACGAUUAUGGGAUGUCAUGUUUGCAUUUGGCUUUCAUCUCAACAUUUUGUUUAUCAUUUCUCAAUUGGCUCUUGUUCGUGAUGAAAUUAUGGCAACUUCAAGCCCCAUGAAAAUCCUACGCAAGCUACCCUCACUCAAGGCUGAUGCGAUCAUCCCGUUAGCAUUGGCAUCCCAUAAGAAGCUUCCACCCAACCUCUUUGAUCUACUGGUACGACACUUGUAUGACGAGACAGUGGCGGAUGAAUUGGGCGUCGAGGUGACAGCAAUAUCACAAGCCAGAGAUCGUAGGGCUUUACCUGCUUUCAUGGCUGAAGCACGUAAUCUUUCCAUCCCACAGCUUUCAAGUAGUAGCACUUCUUCGGGUAGCAGUAGCAGUGGUAGCAAUAGUGGCACGUGA